CGCACUGGUUCAUGUAGAAAUUCGACCUGGCAAGUGUGAUUGAGGUUGUGAAUUGCAGUGGUGCACACUGAAAAGCGAUCAGAUUGUAAUUGCUGCCUUGUUUUUAGACAUUUAUUGUAGAGUUAAUCAUUCCUGGAAAUCUAGCGCACAGGCUAACGACGGUAGACUGUCCCGAUGGCAGCUGUGAGGAGUAUGAACAAAAUGUAUGGAGUAUGUUUCCAUGCUGUUCGCCAGACGGCAGGACUGAAAGCAUCGAGGCUGCUUCAACACAGAGCCUUCAGAGUCGGUGCCAUGCAAGGACAGCAGCCCUUUGACUCAACACUGGAAAAGCCACAGUUCCCUGGAGCCUCAGCCGAGUUUGUGGAUCAUCUUGAGUUUAUCCAGCCCAAUGUCAUCUCUGGGAUCCCAGUGUACCGGGUGAUGGACAGGCAGGGCAACAUCAUCAACCCCUCUCAAGACCCUCAGCUCCCCAAAGAGACAGUUAUCAACUUUUAUCAGAAGAUGACAAUGCUGAACACAAUGGACCGCAUUCUUUAUGAGUCUCAGAGACAGGGUCGGAUCUCCUUCUACAUGACCAACUACGGUGAGGAGGGGACUCAUAUUGGUAGUGCUGCUGCUCUUGACCCAAGUGACUUGGUCUUUGGUCAAUACAGAGAAGCUGGAGUGCUGAUGUACCGAGGUUUUCCUCUGGAAUUGUUCAUGGCUCAGUGCUACGCCAACGCAGAUGACCUCGGCAAGGGUCGUCAGAUGCCUGUCCACUAUGGCUGCAAAGAUCUGAACUUUGUCACCAUCUCCUCUCCUCUGGCCACUCAGAUUCCUCAGGCGGCUGGAGCUGCAUAUGCAGUCAAGAGAGAAAACAUGAACCGCGCAGUGAUCUGUUAUUUUGGAGAGGGAGCAGCCAGCGAAGGGGACGCACACGCCGGCUUCAACUUCUCCGCCACCCUUGAGUGCCCGCUGAUAUUCUUCUGCCGUAACAAUGGUUACGCCAUCUCUACUCCCACCAAUGAGCAGUACAGGGGAGACGGCAUUGCUGCUCGUGGUCCGGGUUAUGGCAUGCUGUCCAUCCGUGUUGAUGGUAAUGAUGUGUUUGCUGUCUACAACGCUACAAAAGAGGCGCGCCGCAGGGCUGUGGCUGAGAACCAGCCCUUCCUCAUUGAAGCAAUGACCUACAGAAUUGGCCACCACAGCACCAGUGACGACAGCUCAGCUUACCGUUCCGUGGACGAGGUGAACUACUGGGAUAAGCAGGACCACCCCAUCUCCCGGCUGAGACAUUACAUGACGGCCCGAGGCUGGUGGAGCGAGGACGACGAGAGGAACUGGCGAAAGCAAUCCCGUAAGACAAUGAUGGAAGCGUUCGAGGGAGCAGAGAGACGCCUUAAGCCGAACCCCGAGCUGCUGUUUACUGACGUGUACCAGGAAAUGACGCCCCAUCUGAGCAAGCAGCUUGAGUCCAUGCGGAGGCACGUGAACCAAUACAAAGAGCACUACCCACUUGACCUGUAUGAGAAAUAACUGCAUUCAAAGGCUGGAACGAGUUGUGAUUUGGUGACCUAAUGUGGGAGUAGAUGACGAUUGAGACUAAACUGUUGCACACCUUUACACCCUUACUGUAUUCAUAAAAAUAUAGUUUUGAUAUGAUGUGUGUCAUUUCACUCUGCACAACUGAGGAAGGAGAAAGAUUGUGCUUUCUAAAAUGUUGUACUUCACAUGCCUCUGGGUUUGGUGCCUUAAGUUAAUAGAUUUACUGUCAGUAGUCAAGGUCCUCUAUAACGGCUAAAUCACAGUUUUGUUUCAUAGUAAUUCCAAGGUCGCCACUUUUUAAAAAUGCAGCAAAAACGGUGCAGUUUAAAUGCGAAACAAAUCUACAAAUCAAGCAAUAAACGGUGGAAGUUUACCCCUGUUGUUUCCUCUCCUGUAACUGUACUCUUUAUUGAUGAUGGUAUUUAACAGGUUUCCUUGGGUAUCAUUGAGGUGACUGACUAACUUUCCUAUUUGAAUUGUUCUUUGGUAUACACACCCAAAUUUUAGAUGGGUAUGUGUGCUGUAGUGCUGUUACACUCUAUUCAAAAUCCCACAACUGUGCACUCGUGUGACAUGUUUUGUGUUUUGUGAAAAAAUAAACAAUAGAGCUUUCA